AACUGAAGGGGAAGGCCUGGACCGGAUGUUAUGUGCGGGAGCGGUGCGGAGCAAAGAUACUAGUGGAGCCGGUCCAGUAUCCAGUAUCUUCGCUGCCGAGUUCACGGUCCAGGCGGCGGCGGCGGCGGCGGCGGCGGCCCCGGUCUCCGGCAAAUCUGAACCCUGCUGGCGUGAGUGGAAGGCUCAUCAGAAACCAUGCCGACUGUGGUGCUAUUGGAUGUUUCUCUCUCCAUGACUCGCCCUGUCACCAUGGAGGGCGUCGAGGAAUACCAGCGCAAACACUUGGCUGCUCAUGGGCUCAGUAUGCUCUUUGAACAUAUGGCGACCAGUUACAAAUUGGAGUUCACUUGCCUUGUGGCUUUCUCCUCUCUGUGGGAGCUAAUGGUUCCAUUCACCAGGGAUUACAACACUCUUCAGGAGUCACUGAGCACCGUGGAUGACUAUGACAAGACCUGCCUCGAGUCUGCUCUCACGGGGGUCAGCAACAUUGUGCAGGAUGAGUGGGGUGUCUGCAUUCCCUGCCAGGUGAUCAUCGUCACAGACGGGAGCCUGGGAAUAGGUCGAGGAUCCCUGCGCCACUCACUGUCCAUCCUCAACCAGCACUCCGAGGACAGCAAGUUCCCACUUCCCUUCCCAUUUCCAUCAAAGCUGUACAUUAUGUGCAUCGCUAACCUAGAAGAGCUUCAGAGCACAGAUACCCUGGAUGUUCUGGAAUGUCUGAUCGAUUUAAACAAUGGUGAGGGGCAGAUCUUCACUAUCGAUGGUCCUCUUUGCCUGAAAAAUGUGCAGUCUAUGUUUGGGAAACUGAUUGACCAAGCCUACUCUCCGUUUCAUGCUGUGCUGAAGUGUGGGCAUCUGGUUUCUGAUAUGCAGAUGUUUCCGAGACCAGAACCUGUCAUCAUUGAUGAAGAACUGGAGCCCAUGCCUAAAACUAUCAAUACAGAGUUGGAUAUCGUAGGAUUUAUAAAGAUCGCUGAUAUUGCCAGUCCACCGGUCCUAUCUCGGCAUUUGGUCUUACCUAUAGCUCUGAAUAAAGAAGGUGAUGAUCUGGGAGGCGGUUUACCCGAGGAAACUGAAGAUGAGAAUUCUGCUUCUCAGAUUGCAGGAAAGAUGCCGUCGUUUUGUGUCUUGCUACAUGGCAGUCUGAAAGUAGAAGGGAUGGUGGCCAUCGUGCUGCUUGGGCCAGACUGGUAUGGGAUGCUGUACUCACAGGCUGAUAGCAAAAAGAAAUCCAAUCUGAUGAUGUCCUUGUUCGAGCCCGGUCCUGAGCCUCUCCCCUGGCUUGGUAAAAUGUCACAGCUGGGACCCAUUCUAGGUGCUGAAGAAAACCCCUAUGGUGAAGAUGACAGCAGGAGCCCAUUUCCCCUUCAGCCACGGACAAAGCGCAGUUACGCACAGAAUGUGACCGUCUGGAUUAAGCCUAGUGGACUGCAGACCGAUGUUCAGAAGAUUUUAAGAAAUGCUCGGAAACUUCCAGAAAAGACACAGACAUUCUACAAGAGAGUGAACUCCAAAUUACGUUGGAAAUAGACAUUGGAAGCGCAAGAGUGCAAGAGCUUAGAAACAUUCACUUUACCUUGAUUUUCACAGCUAAGUAUUCGGAGGAUUAUCUUUCUCUAUUAGUUUGUAUCUUGUGGAAAUUUACACUUAACUCGAUGGGCCAAAGGGCCUGUUUCCACACUGUUUCACUAAACUAAACUGGGGGAUUAGAAAUGCUGAUCUUGUUUGUGAUUGUGGGGAGUGGCUAGCUUGGAUCUGGUGUACAGUCUAGACUUACAGUAAUUAGCAUGAUUAAUGGCUGAACAGUCUUUGAGACCUCAGUUGACGAUCUCACUGGGAGUGCAAUAUGUGUAAGAAAACAGUAUGGAUGCCUCUGCUGGACACCUUGAUUAGGUACUAUCUACGCCUCAGCCUCCAAUCUGCACUGAGCACACAUUUUAAAAGCUUCCAGUCCCUCAGUCUA